GUCGCGCGUAUUUUUAGAUCUCUCACUGAUAGCAUUGUCUAUUAGUAUUGGCUUUGCCACCUGUUUCCAAUCUUGCACCAUUUUCUUCGGGAAUCUCUAACCUCUCGCUCUCGCCUAAUGUCCAGCCAUUGUUGGUCUUGGAGCUGCAUCUAUGACUGGUCGGCUCGACACAUCGACUGUUAAACCAUCCCGGCACUGAUGCGCACAGUAGCUCGUUGACUCGACAGCAAGCAUUCUCCCCACAGCUGAACAUAUCUUCCCCCCGUGAUUAUCAAUCGCAUCGCUGUCAGAUUCCCCUGCCGAUUUACCCUCUUAAAAUCCGCCUCAAGAUGUUCUCUCAACGGCGCAUGAGACUUUUGGUCAUUGCCGUGCUGGUGAUCCUCGGCGUGACCUGGUACUACUCGAGCGACGCCCGGAGUGUCCAGAAUCAGCAAUUCUAUCGCUCCACCGUGGCGGCCAUGAAUGCCCAAAAGCAGGCCAAGGAAGCCCAGGCCGCAGCAGCCAACAUCCCCGCCCCGAACCGCAACCCCAUCAAGGAAGAUUUGAAGCAUCCCAUGGUCGAUGAUAAGAUCGCACCGGCGAUCCCCAAGGCCAACCCGGCAGACCACCUGGAAGAGAUCCCGAUCGCGGGACGGACUAAGAUGACCGUGUCGAAGAAACCGGAGGAGGAGGAGGAGGAGGAGGAGGAGAAGGAGGAGCUGGAGGAGAAGCAGCAGUCGCAGCAGCCGCAACAACAGCAACAGCAAGAACAACCAAAGCAGCAGGAGUCUAAGCCGCAGCAGGCCGAGGCAGAGGACGACGCCGAGGCGGAAGCGCAUGCGCAUGCAGUGGCCGAGUUGAAUGAUAUCCUGAAACGGGCGCCGAUCAUAAUCUUUUCUAAAUCGUACUGCCCCUACAGCGCCAAAGCUAAGUCCAUUCUGCUGGAUCACUACUCCAUCACCCCUGCGCCUUUCGUCGUGGAAUUGGAUCAGCAUCCCCAUGGUCGGAUGUUGCAGGCCGUGCUGGCCGAGACUACAGGUCGUCGGACUGUCCCUAACGUGUUGGUCAAUGGCAAGAGUAUUGGGGGUGGUGACGACGUGACGGCCCUCGACGGGCGCGACGAAUUGACAUCAACCUUGAGGGACCUGGGUGGUAAGUGGGUCCAAGAAGUCCACCGUAAGGACUCAAGCGACUAGAAUUUUUGGGCGGACUGAGGCAUCUGGACUCGAUCUAUUUACGGUAUGCAUGCAUUGGGAUUGUGUGUUUCACCAUUCGCAUUGGUUAUUGCUGCCAGGCAGGUCAUGAUCACAGACCGAUUUGAGGAUUCCCUACGGAAAAGCUUUCAGGACUUUGAUGCAUUUCAUUCUGCGUACAUAAUUGGGAUCAUGUGAUAAUUAACAGGAA